ACACACGAUCGUAUCCACCGGGAAGUCACAGUUAAACUUUGUUGAAUCGUCGAGUCUUUCAAACGACUUCGGCACAUCCAGAAGUCAUUCACCGCAACAAAUCGGUCCUUUAAAUUAAUUUAAAAAACAUAUAUUUUUAAUUAAAUUGAGUGAUUUAAAAUUGAAUGGUGAAAAAUGGAUCGAUUGAGCGGGCUGCUCGAGUUAAUAUUCUUCUUAGUAUCAAUAAUUGUCACGAAUAAUUUGAUAAAUCCAAGUUUGGCUAGCAGUUGUCAUAAAUCAAACCGGUGUUGUCCCAGCGAUGGUGUAAAUUGUGCGGUGACCGGUCCCUCGAUGGCGCCUAUUUUUCACAGCCACCAUCAUCGUAAUAAUUAUACUGAGAAACCGUGUUAUUGUCAUUAUUCCUGUCUCAAACAUGGGGAUUGCUGUCCUGGCUUUAAACAGGCUUGUAAUGUCCAUGAUUGCAUCGGCUCCGAGUGGGGACCCUGGUCAGCUUGCAACAAUAAGUGCGGCCGAGGAAUUCAGAAGCGGUCCAGGAAAAUCGAGCGGCCCGCGGAGAAUGGCGGCAAGGGAUGCAAUCCUCUUGUCCAGAGACGAUAUUGCUACAGCACGCAGUGCGAUAAACAUGAUCCCGAAAUAGCCCUCAGAGAAACGGCGUACAUUUUGCCUGCAGAGCUCAGCGCCGCCCGUCAUAAGGUCACAAACAAUGACAUUAUUCGGGCUAAUUUGAGGCUCAGGAAACAACUCUUUCCCUCUUUGGGAGAUACUGAUUGGUCUCCUUACAAUGUUUCUAAAGAGUACUGCGUGACAUUCAGCAUCACGAAAGCAUCGCAGAAGUGUACAAAGAAAUCGGGACAAUCAGAGCUGUCAGAGGGUUCAACAGUUUGCGUAAAGUGUGAAACGACAGCAUUCAUACCGUCAUUGGACUAUCGAUGUCGAGGUGACGGGGGUACUGAGGGAAUGAUAACUCGAUGGAGUUUAUUUUCGGAGCCUUACUGUUACGGAAAAUGGCAGCGCACCGUAAAAACAGGAUCUGAGUGUGAUGCUUCUGUGUGCCAACCAAAACCCCAUUAUAUAUUUGUCUAAAUAAUAUUUUAUGUAAACUUGGAUUAUUAUUUUAAUUAAAUACUAUUGAUUUAAAAAUAUUAAUAAAAAUAAUGAAUUUUCUAAGUAAAUUUGAAUUAAACUAAUAAGGACAAUUAUGAUAUAUUGGAUGUAGAUAUAAAAACAAGGCUGUAAACAAUUUUUUAAUUCCAUUAAUGUAGUAUUGGCUCGUCACUUUUCUUCUUAGAAUCCUCUGUCAACUGUAGACUAGAGACUGGAACGGAGAAUGGGUAACGAGUUUUUAUAAUUACAUUCUCAACUACGGAAGUUCUUCCGACACGUCCCCUUCAAUCAUCUCUCGGUUGCUCUCAGUGCUUUUACAUCGACGAGCUUUUUGAAUUUAUACUCGUAUUUUCAAUUUUAAUAUAGUCAAAAUUCAGAGGAAAAAUAUUAUUCAAAUGUCGAGCUUUUAAAUAAUGCAAUUAAGGAUUUUAUUUUUGGUAUAUUGUAAUAAUAAUAAUAAUAAUAAUAAAAAUUUUAUUAAAGUCGCUACCAAUGAAAGUAAACAGCAGAAGAAAUAUCUAAUAAAUAAAGACGGGGAGGAAGCAGAGUAUAAAAGAGUUUAUUAAAAAAAUAAUAAUGAAAUAAAAAAAAGUCCGUAGGUAUGAUAGAGUG